AUGCACGAUCGGAAGGGAACUGUUCAAAGGAAAAAAUGGAAGCUGAAGCAGUCUGGAAGCAAUUUCUGUUGUGGUAUGGUUAAUCUUUAUGGUCCUGCAGUUGAUUCUGAUAAGAGUUUGUUUGUAGAGGAAUUACUUGAUUUUCUCAAGUCAAUACUGAUUCCUUGGUGUAUCGGGGGCGAUUUCAACAUGAUUCUCGAGCUUGAAGAAAAUUGGAACUGGUUAGAUAAGUCUAAGGAGGGGAACAAGAAAUCAACUUCUGAGUUGGAGAAGGAAAUUACUAGUUUGGAGAAUUGUAUCCAAAAUUCAUCAGGCGUGUCUAGCCUACACCAAAGGUUAGCGUCUUUGAAGUCCCUGCUUUGGGUUGAAUAUCGCAAAGAAGAAAGAGCUUGGUUCCAAAAAUUUAGACUUUGGUGGUUCAGUGAAGGUGACCGGAAUACCCGGUUUUUCCAUCUAACGGCUUCUGCUAGAAGAAUGAAGAAUGCUAUUAAUUGUUUGAAGAAAGAUGAUGUGCUUAUUACAGAUCCGGCGGCGAUCAAGCAACAUGAAGUGUGGGAAGCCUUACUUGCUUCGAACGGUAAUAAGGCGCUAGGGCCAGAUGGUUUUAAUUUGGGCAGAGAGUGGGAACAGGGCACUAAUCAUUCCUUCGAUACUCUUAUUCCGAAGAUUGCGAACCCAGAACAGCUUGGUGAUUUCAGACCUAUAAUUCUCGUGGGAAGUCUAUACAAAAUUCUUUCGAAAGUGCUUACUAAGAGAUUAAAGCCUUGUAUUGAUCAGAUCAUCGGAGACUCUCAAUUCGCUUUUAUAGCGGGUCACCAAAUCCUCUAUUGUUCCCUGGUAGCAAAUGAGACCAUUGAUUAUGUUUCAAAAGCUGGUAUUAGUGGAAUUGCCUUUAAGAUCGAUUUUCAUAAGGCAUACUACACAGUCAACUGGGAAUUUUUGUUACAAAUUAUGAGGAAAUGUGGUUUUGGAGAAAUAUGGUGCAGGUGGAUUCAUAAGUGUAUUUCGUCGGCAAAGAUAUCAAUUCUGGUGAACGGAGCCCCAACUGAGGGUUUCUCCAUCUCGAGGGGUCUGAGGCAGGGAUGCUCUCUUUCUCCGCUCUUAUUCAACAUUGUCGGUGAAGCGUUAAAUCUCAUGUUGAUCAAAGCAACCAAUCUGGCCAUCUGGGUCUUUUCUUAG